AUGGCGGAGCCGGAGGCCGCGGCCGACGACCUAGACGCCCUCAUCGACGACCUGGACUACCUCCCGGGCCACUUUCACCUGGAGAUGCAGUUGAACUUCGAGCCACGCUCGCCGACCCCGCAGCGCGCCCGGGACCUGAAGCUGCAGCGGGAGGGUCUGCGGCAGGAGCUCGAGCUGGCGGCCGCCCCGCAGCGCCCCGCAGUGCAUCACCUCCUGGGCGCUUUCGCCUUCUACCUGGAGGAGCUGGACGAGGCCCGCGAGCGCUUCCUCGAGGUGGCCCACGAGCACCCGGGCAACCUCAAUGCCUGGGCCAAUCUGGCACACGUGUACGGGCGGCUGGGCCAGGAGGAAGAGGAGGAGGCGUGCGCUGCGCGGCUGGCGGGCCUCAUGGGCCUGGCUGGGGAGCCCGAGGCCGCCGGGGACCCCCAGCUCCGCGCCGCUCGCUGCCUGGCAGAGCAGGGCUACGCUCACGGUUUCGACGUGGGCUGCGUCAGCCCAGAGGAGCGCGCGAGAGGACUGGCGGCGGGCAUCGCACUCUACGACAAGGCGCUGGGCUACGGGCAGCAGAUCCCGAUGGAGGAGAAAAGGGGCUGGUAUUUCACCAUGGCAACACUCUACAUCAGGCUAGAUGGCAUCUUCCUGGAGCUGGGCAGUGAGGAGCAGAAGAGGCUGCCCACCUUUAACCGCACACUGGCCCUGCUCCGGCAAGUGCUCAAGUCUGAGGACCCCCACCACCGAGCCCUGGCCUGGUGCUACCUCGGGAUGCUGCUGGAGCGGAAGGACACCUUCUCCACCACCCCCAUGGGCAUCCACGACUGUGGGUACUCGGGGACCGACCCUCUGGACUGCUUCGGCAAGGCCAUCGAGAUUGCCAAGAACCAACCGCCCAUCCUCAAUCGCCUGGCCAAAAUCUUCCACUUCCUAGGAAAGCAGGAUAUGGCCAUUGGAAUCUGCAACAUGGCCCUGGAUGCCCUACGAGAUCCAGAGCUCAACUGGCAGGCGUACUGCACACGGGCCAAGAUCCACAUCAGAACAUACCUGCACGACCUGGAGCGGGCCAAGAUGGGUCUCGGGGGCAUGCCUGACAGGAACCACCUGGCCUGUGCCAAAGCUGACCUCGAGGAAGUGGUCAGGGUGUGCCCAGGCUUCAGGACAUACCUGGACAUCGGCCAGGUCUACUACUACAUGGGCGUGGACGCGGUGCAGGAGCUGCUGGCGGUGGACGAGGCGGCGCUCAACCAGGCGCUGGUGUUCCUGGCCAAGGCGGGCGAGUCAGAGCUGGGCGCCACUCUGCCGGAGCUGCAGCUGCUGCGGGGCAAGUGCCUGCGCAUCAAGGGCGAGGAUGCCAACGCGGCGGCCUGCUUCAAGCGCGCGGUGGAGCUGGACGACGCGGGCUCCAGCCACACCGAGGGCUUCGGCUGCCUGCUGGAGGCGCUGCUGGCGCAGUGGAGCCAGGCACAGCUGAGCGACGCCGAGCUGGGCCGCGAGGUGGACGCCUGGCUGCGCCGCGCCCAGGACAAGUACCCCGCGGCGCGCUUGCGCCAGGAGCUGCAGCGCGUGUGGCGCGGGCAUACGGACGAGGUGCUGGGGCUGGCCCGGGCCCUGGUGGCCCAGGGACGGCCCGCGCUGGUGCGGCUGCUCUUCGAGACCAUGGAGCGCGAGGGCGAGGGCGCCAGCGCGCCGCGGGACCGCCGGGCGGUCUCCAUAUAGGGCGUGGGCGCCCAGGCCGGAGGCUCCCAGGUACCCCGCCGCGGCCCCCGAGGCUGAUGCAGCCUGGUCCGGAGGGCCCCCCUGCCUUCGCUGGCGGGGGAGAGGAGCCAGUUCGAUUCUCUGUCGAACUGUGAAUGGGGGUGUUGCCACACCGGGCGGUUUGAAAUAUGACCACCCAGACUGGAGGCCUGAUUCGCCAGAGCAGAAGAGGCUGGGAGCAGAGGUUAGAGAACACCGCGAAGCUGCCAAUUGAGGGACAGAAUCUUCUAGACAACAGGGUUGUGAGGCCCUCGAGAGAAACACAAGACAGUUACCUCAGUGUAACUGGCCGUUUUCUAGUCCAGGCGCUCUGUCCCUCAGGUCUGAGCGCCUGUCCUUGGACUCCCGUGGGCCACACUCUGUCCUUAUGUGAAAGCCCCUUUACUUUAGUUGACUGGAGUGGCGUCUCAGCUCCCGUGGCCAGAAAAGCUAUGGCUAAAGCAGAGGGCGAGAUUGCACCGCUAGUGAGUUAGCGGACAGGGCCCUAGCCUAAGCCUGGUGCUCAGGGCUCAUUCCUGCCUCUCUGCCACUCUUCCAGCAGGCCUCCUCCUUGGUCAGUUUGGCCGGAAAGGCCUCCCAAACGCUUGAAACACAGCCCAUCAACAGAAUCUUCACUUGACUUCUCUGUUCUUAGGGGAACCUGGGGGACCCACCCAUUAAGAGGUGCCACCUACCCCCAAUCUUUUUUUUUUUUUUUUGAAACAGAGUUUUGCUCUUGUUGCCCAAGCUGGAGUGCAGUGGCAUUAUCUCAGCUCUCCUGGGUUCAAGCGAUUCUCCUGCCUCAGCCUCCCAAGUAGCUGGGAUUACAGACAUGCACCACCACACCUGGCUAAUUUUGUAUAUUUAGUAGAGAUGGGGUUUCACCAUGUUUGUCAGGCUGCCUCGAACUCCUGACCUCAAGUGGUCCACCCCCCUCGGCCUCCCUAAGUGCUGGAAUUACAGGUGUGAGCCACCGCGCCCAGCCCUGCCCCAAUCUUGACCAUUCUACUAAUUCUAAAGAAAUUCUUGGAAUUUUACACUUUUGGAAUCAUAGUCAUAUAGAAUUUUUUUUUUUUUUGAGGCAGAGCCUCACUCUGUUGCCCAGGCUGGAGAGCAGUGGCCAGAUCUCAGCUCACUGAAACGUCAGCCUCCCAAGUUCAAGCGAUUCUUGUACCUCGGCCUCCCGAGUAGCUGCGAUUCCAGGCUGUACUCCCUGCUUUGUUCAUACCCUCACUCAUACCAUGGACAGGCCAGCACCCCUGCACUGCAUCCCACAUAUCCACUGACGGAUGGAGAACAGGCUGAAAUUCAGUGCCAUAGACAUCAACACUCCAACCCCGUCACUGUGCAGAGGAGAAAACAGAGCUGUAGAAGGGAAGUGGCUUGUCCAAAGCCACACUUACUGUUUUCCCCACACUGUACCUCCAACUUACUUUCACCCUUCUUCAGGUUUGGAAAAAUACUAAUAAACUGAUCAACACUAAA